AUGAGAUCGAUGAUAUAUUCGCAGGCGGUAGUACAAGUCGGGAAGAAGGCGAAGAAAGCAAAGAAAGUUAGUGAGGAUGUAAAUACUGGUAAAGGCGACAAAGAGGACCAGUCACCAAUUACUGUAGUCGACACAAGCUCGAGUACUGUAGACAAGAAACCAGAAAAGCAGAAGAAACAGCCGAAAGACGAGGAAGAAGACGACUUUGCUGAUUCUAGGGGUACUAGUGGGCGAAAAAGGACCGAUGACGGAUUUUCAGUGUAUACCUUUGAUGAGCUUGGUAUGGAUGAUGAUAAAGGUGGCGAUACAGCUUUAUGUCCAUUUGAUUGUGACUGCUUGGUAUCUGUGUUGCCACCUUCAAACCAGCCAUCUUCAUUCGACCAAUCAUAUUCCAUUUUGGCAAAUGACACUGGCCUUGUAAAUCAUCCUGUGAUUGCCACUCUCCAUUCCAGAGCUCAGCCAAUCGACACCGCCGUUAGACACGCACUCAAUGGCGCAAGUCCUGUCUCCGUCACUGGCUUUGCAGACCCACACAUGAUUAACGAGAUUAUUACUCUUACUAAGCAACUCAACGAUGAGCCAAUCGUCUUCAAUUUGUCUAUUGAACAAGCCGGUGACCUCUCCGAUAUACUCACCCUCCGCUCUUCCGGUCUUCCAAUCAUCUACUCUUCAUCUUUAGUUGAAGCUCACGAUCAUUCUCUCAUUGCUUCCAAGCUUGCUGCUCAGCUCAAUUCCUCCGUCAUUCACAUCUUCGAAGAUUCCUCCAUCGUUGACCACUUUAGUGAAAUUUCUCAGCAAGACAUCAUUACCUUCCUCCAAAAUGAUAAAGCUCCUUCUAACGGUAUUAAUGGCGUUUCUCACUUACCAUCAGACAAGUCUGCUAAGCAGCUCGAAAAUUUUGAUGCUAUCGCCUUGCAGGCACUCAUCGCCACACGCAGACCACAACGCACCUCUUUUUACUCUGGUCCUUCAGAUCCUAACACUUUAUUUAUCACUUUUGGCUCUGCUUCUUCAGCCUUCCUCAACUCCGUCAACAAAGACUCUGCUAUUGGAGUUCUCGCACUCACCACUUACCGUCCAAUGGACUAUCAGCGACUCCUUGAUCUUAUUCCUUCAUCUGUUGAGCGUAUUGCCGUUCUCGAACAAGUUACCAAAAAGGUUGAUCAAUUCGCUCCACUUUUUGUUGACGUGAUCAGUGCAUUCACCACCUCAGACAGGCAAUUACCAAAGCUUUCGUCCAGUGUUAUUGGAUCUAUAAGUCAAGACAAGAUUGCUACGGUGGUUGAAUCUGUUCACUCCAACCUCGACAAGGACCAACCAGAGCACGGUCAGCUCUAUGGAAAGCUCUCUGAGGCAGCUAAAGCAAAUUACGAUGUUUACGUACCUAAGCAUGAAAAGUCAUACACUCAACUCUUGGAACAAAUCUUUGGUGAAAACUUGGCUGUUGUCAACUCGCCAGAUCAAGUACCAUCAGAGGGUCUUGACAUUACUUCACCAGAGUUUGCAUUCGGUUCUACUCUCGCUAAUCUCAACAAGAGAGAGUCCGUCAUUAGUGCCAUCUCUGAGUUAAUCUCCUCAAACAGUGUUUCGAAUCAACUUCACGAAGCUUUCUCAAAAUGGCUUAUUAAGAAAGAUGACUCGAAAGUUAGCCAGUCACUUGCAAACACAGCCGUUGAAAUCUUAAAAAAUGAAAAGCCAUCUCAUCCAAAGGUCCGAUAUGUUUUGGAAAAUACCAGUUUGCUCACUUCACAAUCGCGUUGGAUUAUUGGAUCUGAUGCAUGGUCGUACGAUGUAGGAUUCUCAGGGCUUCACCAUGUUAUUGCAUCUGGAAAGAACAUAAACGUUCUUCUUAUUGAUUCAUUGCCAUACCAUCAGAGAAACGCCCAAGAUCCAUCAAAGCGCAAGAAGGAUGUUGGUCUCUAUGCAAUGAACUACGGAGAUGUUUACGUCGCAUCUGUUGCCGUGUACUCAUCAUACACCCAAGUCCUCCAAGCAUUGAUGGAAGCUGACAAGUAUGAUGGCCCAUCUAUUGUCCUUGCUCACUUGCCAUACACUUCAGAGCAAUCUACUCCACUUCAAAUGCUCAAGGAUACAAAGGCAGCUGUCGACGUUGGCUACUGGCCGUUAUACCGUUGGAACCCAGCAAAAGAAACCAACAACAUGUUCUCACUCGACUCUGAGCGUAUCAAAGAAGACCUCAAGAGCUUCCUCGAUCGCCAAAACCAUUUAGCUAACUUUGUUCAAUCCAAGCCACAGCUUGCACCACAGCUUGUUGGCUCAGAGGGACAAGGUUUGAAGGAUGCUCAAAAGAAGAAGGCACAGCAAGCAUUGGACUCACUUCUCGGUAACAUGGAUGGUCCACCAUUGCUCGUAUUGUUUGCUUCUGACGGUGGUAACGCUGAGAAGGUUGCUAAGCGCAUCGCUACUCGCGCUAAGCUGCGCGGAGUUGCUGCUAGAGUUUUGGCUAUGGAUGACUUCCCAUUUGAGGAUAUGAAGCUCGAGAAAAACGUUGUCUUUGUUUCUUCAACAGCUGGUCAGGGUGAGCCACCACAAAACGGAAGAAACUUUUUCAAGACCACGGCCACCUUGCUCGGACAAGCUGAUGUUUUCAAGACAUUGAAUGACGUCAAGUUCAGUGUGUUUGGUAUGGGUGACUCUCACUAUUGGCCAAGAAUCGAAGAUGCACACUUCUACAAUCGUCCUGGAAAGGACUUGGAUGCACGUCUUGAGAAGCUUGGCGCUACACGUUUUGCCGACCUUGGAUUGGGUGACGACCAAGAUCCAGAUGGUCCACAGACGGGUUACAAGAUCUGGGAACCAAAGCUGUGGAAGGCGUUAGGUGUCGACGAUGUCGAAGUCACUGAAAAGGAACCGGAACCAGUUACAAAUGAGCACAUCAAGAUUGCAUCCAACUUCCUCCGCGGUACAAUUGAACAAGGACUUGAGGAUGAGUCUACUGGGGCUAUCGCCGAGGCCGAUACACAAUUGACCAAGUUCCACGGUACCUAUAUGCAAGAUGACCGUGAUAUCAGAGAGGAUAGAAAGAAUGAAGGGCUGGAGCCAGCAUACAGUUUCAUGAUUAGAGUGCGUAUGCCAGCAGGUGUUUGUAACGGUCCACAAUGGUUGGCAUUUGACAGGAUUGGUGAUGAGUAUGCCAAUAAGUCGAUGAAGAUUACUACAAGACAAACAUUCCAAUUCCACGGUGUGAUCAAGCGUAACUUGAAGGCAACAAUGCAAGCAAUCAAUAAGACAGCCUUGGAUACUAUUGCUGCAUGUGGUGAUGUCAACAGAAACGUAUUGGCAUCGGCCAAUCCCACAUUCUCGCAUUUGCACGCUGUUGUGCACGAAGCUGCUAAGGGACUGAGUGAUCACCUCUUGCCGCAGACCUCAGCAUACCGUGAGAUUUGGUUAGAUGGCAAGAAGAUUGCAGGUGAAUCUGUCGUCGAUCAGGAGCCAUUGUACACUCCAUACUACCUGCCAAGAAAGUUUAAGAUCGCUAUUGCUAUUCCACCUCACAACGAUGUUGAUGUCUUUGCAAAUGAUGUUGGUUUCAUUGCGAUUGUAAAUGAGAGAAGUCAACAACUUGAAGGUUUCAACGUUGCGAUAGGUGGUGGUAUGGGUGUUACACACUCAAACAAGAAAACAUAUCCACGUCUUGGUGAUGUCAUUGGAUUUGUGCCACCAAACAAGAUCAACGACGUCGCUGAGAAGAUCAUGUUGGUUCAACGCGACUAUGGUAACCGUGAGAACCGCAAGAAUGCUCGUCUGAAGUACACCAUCGACAACUUGACAUUACCUGGAUUCGUUGGCAAGCUCCAUGAAUACCUCGGUUACAAAUUGGAAGAGAGUCGUCCAUACAAGUUUGACUCGAACAUCGAUAGGUAUGGAUGGGCUCAGGGUCAGGAUGGAAAGUGGCACUUUACCAUGUUUAUUGAAAACGGUCGUAUCCAAGAUGAAAUCGAUGGUCUUCAAUACAAGACCGGGCUGCGUGAAAUAGCAAAGAUUCACAAGGGUACAUUCCGUCUCACAGCCAACCAACAUUUGAUAAUUUCAGAUGUUGAGGAUUCACAGCUCGAGGAGAUAAAGAACCUGCUUCACAAGUAUAAGUUAGAUAUCUUGACCUAUACAGGAUUGAGAUUGUCUUCAUCAGCGUGUGUUGCGUUACCAACUUGUGGAUUAGCAAUGGCGGAAUCGGAGCGUUACUUGCCUAUGUUAGUUGGAAAGGUGGAGAAUAUCAUGGAGAAGAAUGGAUUGAGGAACGACAUGAUAGUGAUGAGAAUGUCUGGAUGUCCAAACGGAUGCUCUCGACCAUGGAUGGGAGAAAUAGCAUUCGUGGGUAGGGCUCCUGGAACAUAUUUGAUGUUAUUGGGUGGAGCAUCUGACGGAACACGAUUGGCGAAGCCAUUCAAGGAGUCGGUAACCGAGCCAGAGAUAUUAGACAUACUCAGCCCAUUGAUCAAGCAGUACGCGCUUGAGAGGCUGGAAAAUGAGGGAUUCGGUGAUUUCGUUAUCAGACAAGGAGUUGUGAAACCAACAACACACGGAACCAACUUCUACGAUAACUCAUGUCUUUAA